AUGUCUCAACAUACAGCUCAUGCGCCUCCUAUCCACCGACUCGAUACUCAGAACGAGGGUGGCAUUUUCAAGUCGUUGGACAGCCAUGAUAUGACCUCGGCGGAUCGAUAUGUCCUGUCACAGAUCUUGCUGACUUUUGGUGGUGAAGUGCCGCUGGUUUUCAUCAACUCGGUAGAACGCGCAUUCGCUCCGAUGGCGAGUUUGGAGAGGGUUGGUCCUUAUAGCGGAGCAAAUUUCGGGGAUUUCGGGAUGGCGUAUGAUAGUCGCGCUCUGGUUCAUGCGAUCAUGGUCGAUGAGAAGAGAAGCAUGACCCAGGAAGCCUUCUUCGAGGAACUGGUAGCCGAGUUGGAGAAGAUUGCACCUGGUGUAACCUCCUGGUGUUGA